AGACCCCAGUGAGACGUUCAAUCAGAAAGUCAUCUGCAAACAUGCACGCGUAUACCGUGUUUUGUCCUGUGUUGCUGAUAUGGUCUUGCCACAUAAAGAAAAGUUGGUCCAACAUGACUGAACACCAAAUGGGUGAAAAGGCUACAACAGAGUAUGAUUAUACCACAGGAACAGUAGAUUAUGACAUUUAUGAACAAAGUUGCAAUAAGACCAACAAUCGUACUUUCCGAGCCUGGUUCCUGCCCACCAUCUACACCAUCAUCUGCCUCCUGGCUCUCAUGGGGAACUUUCUGGUCAUCCUGACCUACCUUUACUUCAAGAGGCUGAAGACAAUGACCGAUGUCUACCUGUUUAAUCUGGCCAUGGCUGACCUGCUGUUUGCCAUUUCUCUCCCCUUCUGGGCAGCUAGUUUCAUGAGUACUUGGCAUUUGGGUUUGUAUCCAUGCAAAGCCAUGUUUACUAUCUACAAGGUCAGCUUCUUCAGCGGCAUGUUCCUCCUCACCUGCAUCAGCAUUGAUCGCUAUUUCUCCAUAACGAAGGCUGUUUCUGCUCAUCGUUGUCGCUCCAGUGCGGUCUACUAUGGUCAGGUGUCUUCUCUAGUCACCUGGGUGAUAGCGAUCGUCUUUUCUGUACCUGACAUGGUUUUUGCUGAAAUCAAUAGCAGGGGCACCUGUUCAGCAAAUGUCAACUAUCAGGACUAUUAUGUUAAGAUGGUGAUAAGUCAGAUGGUCUUGGGAUUUAUCAUCCCAGCAGUCGUCAUGGGGUUCUGUUACAUCUGCAUUAUUAAAACCCUCAUGCAGGCCAAGAACUUUGAGAGAAAUAAAGCCUUCAAGGUAAUCAUUGCAGUGGUCGUUGUCUUCGUCUUCAGCCAGCUACCCUACAAUGUAGUCAUGGGAGUCUCUGUCCAGCAAACAACAGAUUGUGCCAAGGACAAUACUCGUCUUUUUGCUCUGGAUGUGACCAUGGCUGUGGCCUUCAUGCGCUGCUGUGUGAACCCAUUCCUGUACGCCUUCAUUGGGGUAAAGUUUCGCAAUGAUCUUCUGAAGCUUUUGAAAGACCUGGGAUGUCUCCGAACGAGCCACUUAAUGUACACCCACUGCGGGAGACGAAGAUCUUCUGUCGGCCUGGACACAGAAACCACCACAACAUUUUCCCCAUGAACGCUCAAGAACAUAUUGCCAAAAAA